AUGGAGCAUCUAGUGGAGCACAUGAGGAUCUCAUACCACUCAGUUCACGAGCCAAUGUGUGGAAUCUGCAGAAAACAUUGUCGAUCGUUUGAGUCUCUGAGGGAGCAUCUGAUAGGUCCUUUGCCAAAGGCAGAAUGUGACAAGAUAUUCAAACACAAAGGAUGCGAUCUCUGCUUGGCCAUCCUUAGUAGCAGAAAUGCUCUAAGGGUUCACCGAGAGACAUGCCAACUAUCACGCACUGGAGCUCUUUAUCGCAUGGCCAACUUAGGCAUUCAAGAUGACUUGAGGAUAAUAGGGCAAAAAAGGUAUAUGUACAAGAUUGCUGAUAUGGAUGUUGGAGUUGAGGGAGCUCUUUAUCGCAUGGCCAACUUAGGAAUUCAAGAUGACUUGAGGAUUGAUAAUAAUAGGGCAAAAGUAGUUGCACUUGCUUGCAAAAUGGUUGGCGGUGGCAGUGAUGGCUCCCUUGAUCUUUGUGCAAGGGUUUGCCUCACCGAUGAAUAUGAAAACAUGAUCUUCCAUACAUAUGUCAAACCUCCCCUUUCAGUCACCAAUUACAGGUACGAUAUGACUGGAAUACGCCCAGAAUUCUUAAGGGAUGCAAUGCCAUUAAGACAAGUCCAGAGGAAGAUUCAAGAUUUUUUAUGCAACGGGGAAACUGUAUGGAAGAUACGCUCUAGAGGUGGAACAGCAAGGAUCCUUGUAGGUCAUGGUCUGGAUCAUGACCUUAAAUGCCUAGAAAUGGAGUACCCUACCGUAAUGAUCAGGCAAGUUUCUGUGGACACAGCAAAAUAUCCUCCAUUAAUGAAAACAAGCAAGCUCAGCAACUCCCUCAAGUACCUGACAAAAUCAUACCUAGGGUAUGAUAUUCAAACUGGUAUACAAGAUCCUUACGAGGACUGCGUCGCCACAUUGAGGCUUUACACAAGGAUGAAAUCCCAAGUUCAUAAAAUGGAGAACUAUCCGCUCGCUACUGACCCACAAAACCGAAACAAUUUCGCGUCAUGGAGGCAAAGUGAGCUGGAGAGGAUGACCCCAGAUGAAAUGCUGGAGAUCUCAAGGUCCGAUUACUACUGUUGGUGCUUGGACUGCAAAGAUGGUGCCUAA